UUAUAACUCCAUUUUGUGAUUGGUUAUUAUUAACUGAAGUUCAAUUUUAUAUGAAGAAGUUCAAUUUUAUAUUUAUAUGAUAUACUAAAUGAAAUUGUAAGUUUUAGACCAAACAAGACGUCGUGCACAGAAGCCUACAACACCCCAAACCCCAGAACAAGAAUGUUCAGAAGACUGACAACAACAAUAAUUGACAUUUACCCAUAACCUAAAAAGAAAAACAAAAGAAUUUUCAUUUUUUAAUAUUUGUAUUUAAAUGAACCUGUGAAUGAAUAAACACAUUUAAAAAUGGUGUUUCUCAGUAGAACGUGGUUUGCAAUUAAAGAAUUUAAACGCCCCCGGAAGUUUCUUCGCAGUAAGUUUAUCGACACAGUAAGACUACACGUAAAAGGUGGCACUGGAGGGACCGGCUUACCAAAAUUUGGAGGGCUCGGUGGACAAGGAGGAUGUAUAUAUUGUGUGGGCAAAGAAGAAGCCAAUUUAGGGUCUAUCAUGACUAAAUAUCGAGGCAAAACUGUUACUGCAGGACAUGGUGAAGACAGUCGUAAAACAAAAAUUGUUGGCAAUCCCGGGGCUGACGUGAAGCUUGAGGUCCCGCUCGGUGUUACAAUCUAUAGAGAAGACGGACAAGUCUUAGGAUCGGUUGACAAACAAGAUGAGUUACUUAUAGUCGCGCGCGGAGGUCCAGGGGGCACCAAAGACAACAACUUUCUCGGACACUUUGGUCAAACACAUCACAUACGGUUAGACUUGAAAUUAAUCGCUGAUGUUGGCCUUGUUGGGUUCCCGAACGCAGGAAAAAGUUCAUUGUUACGAGCAAUAUCUAGGGCCAAGCCAAGAAUAGCAAACUAUCCCUUCACCACAAUAAAACCUAACAAAGGUAUUAUUCACUAUAAGGAUUUGCGGCAGAUAUCGAUAGCAGAUCUACCUGGUCUAAUAGAAGGUGCACACAAUAAUGUUGGACUAGGUCACAAGUUCUUAAAGCAUGUUGAGAGAACAAAAUUAUUACUAUUUAUAACUGACGUACAUGGUUUUAAAUUGAGCCAUAAGUACCCAUUCAGGUCUUGUCUGGAAACAAUUAUGCUCUUAAACAAAGAAUUGGAGCUGUAUGAUGAAGAUUUAUUAGAUAAGCCUGCAAUAUUAGCUGUAAAUAAAUUGGAUCUACCAGGUGCAAAAGAAAAGUUCUUAGAAGUUAAAGAAGCGUUUAGAAAUAUGGAUAAUAUUUUAAAAACCUUACCUGAGGAAAUAAAACCAAAUAAAGUUAUCAAAUUUGAAGAUAUCAUUGGUAUAUCAGCCUUGAAAGGUGAAUCUAUUGAAGAGUUAAAGAACUUGGUGAGGAAACGUUUAGAUGAGUAUGCAGAGGAAAAUAACCCUGAUAUUGUCGAUGCAAGUACGCUUUUGAGGAAGAACAGAGCUAUUGUGAAAGAAAGGGGGUCUCAGGUGACCUAAUAAUUUAUCUUAAAGCAUCUUAUUUGUAAAUAAAUUAAAUUGAAAUAUUAAAUCAUAUUCGUAGUAAUUAUUCAAAAUGCACUUAUUUCACAUAGCCACAUAUGAAAUGUCAAAUAUGCUUAUGCUGCAUUGGUCAGUCCAAAAUUACCUUAGCACCCAUGUAAUACAAAAAUAUACUGCUAUACAAAUGA